CGGCGGGCGCGCAGCGCGGGGCUGGGCGCACGUCGAGGGCUGCGGCCGCCGCUCAGGGCACGGCCACUGGCUGCGGGCCGCGAUCGAGGUGACCGGACAGAGGUCGCGCUGUCGGGAGGGCUGAGUCACAGGGCCUGCAAAGAUGCUGGCUGUCCCAGAGCUGGGCCUGCAGGGACUGUACAUCGGCUCCAGCCCAGAGCGGUCCCCCAUUCCCAGCCCACCCGGCUCCCCAAGGACCCAGGAAAGCUGUGGCAUUGCGCCUCUCACACCCUCGCAGUCUCCAAAGCCUGAGGCCCGAGCCCCUCAGCAGGCCCCCUUCUCCGUGGUCGUGGCCAUCGACUUCGGCACCACAUCCAGUGGCUAUGCCUUCAGCUUUGCCAGUGACCCUGAGGCCAUCCACAUGAUGAGGAAAUGCCACCUCCUAAUAACCUCACUGUCUGGCUGUCCCUCGACCCCCCCAGCCCGCGAGCAGCUGCGAAGGUCCCGCCACAGCCGCACGUUCCUGGUGGAGUCGGGGGUCGGAGAGCUGUGGGCAGAGAUGCAAGCAGGAGACCGCUACGUGGUGGCAGACUGUGGCGGAGGCACAGUCGACUUGACGGUGCACCAGCUGGAGCAGCCUCAUGGCACCCUCAAAGAGCUCUACAAGGCGUCUGGAGGCCCCUAUGGCGCGGUGGGCGUGGACCUGGCCUUCGAGCAGCUUCUGGGCCGCAUCUUCGGCGAGGACUUCAUUGCCAUCUUUAAAAGGCAACGGCCAGCAGCCUGGGUGGAUCUGACCAUCGCCUUCGAGGCCCGCAAACGCACUGCAGGCCCGCACCGUGCGGGGGCACUCAACAUCUCACUGCCGUUCUCCUUCAUCGACUUCUACCGCAAGCAGCGAGGCCACAACGUGGAGACUGCCCUGCGCAGGAGCAGCGUCAACUUCGUGAAGUGGUCCUCACAGGGGAUGCUCAGGAUGUCUUGCGAGGCCAUGAAUGAGCUCUUUCAGCCCACAGUCAGCGGGAUCAUCCAGCACAUAGAGGCUCUGCUGUCUCGGCCUGAGGUGCAAGGCGUGAAGCUGCUGUUCCUGGUGGGCGGCUUUGCCGAGUCAGCUGUGCUGCAGCACGCGGUGCAGGCGGCGCUGGGCCCCCGCGGGCUGCGCGUGGUGGUCCCGCACGACGUGGGCCUCACCAUCCUCAAGGGUGCGGUGCUGUUCGGGCAGGCGCCGGGCGUGGUGCGAGUGCGCCGCUCGCCGCUCACCUACGGUGUGGGCGUGCUCAACCGCUUCGUGGCGGGGCGCCAUCCGCCCGACAAGCUGCUGGUCCGUGACGGCCGCCGCUGGUGCACUGACGUCUUUGAGCGCUUUGUGGCAGCCGAGCAGUCGGUAGCCCUGGGCGAGGAGGUGCGGCGCAGCUACUGCCCGGCGCGCCCGGGCCAGCGGCGAGUGCUCAUCAACCUGUACUGCUGCGCCGCCGAGGACGCGCGCUUCAUCACCGACCCGGGGGUGCGCAAGUGCGGCGCGCUCAGCCUCGAGCUCGAGCCUGCGCCUGCAGACAGCGGCCCCGACGCCGCCGGCGCGCCCCCCGGCCGCCGCGAGAUCCGUGCCGCCAUGCAAUUUGGCGACACCGAGAUUAAGGUCACUGCUGUCGACGUCAGCACCAAUCGCUCGGUGCGCGCUGCCAUCGACUUUCUUUCCAAUUGAGGGCGCGCUAGCGCGAUGCCAGCUCCACUCUGCCCGUCCCCGCCUUCUUUUGGUCCCGGGCUCUGGGGAGCCGGUUAGGGGUGGAAGAUGGGAAUGGACGAUCGUACUUAUUCUGUCAGAACCCCUAACCCCGCCUUCCUGCCCAGGGAGAUGAGGUCGCAGGUGGGCGGGUAGGGACAUAUCCAAAGGCUCUGGCUUUGGGAUUGGGCCCUGGUCUACUGACUGUCAGGCUGAAGGGCCCUGCCAAGGAGACUUAGCGGGUCCACAGGGACCACGUGACUCCGAAGGCAGAAUGUACCAAAAGAUUGGGCCCUGGCCUGAACCGGGGGU